AUACUCGCUCCUGAUUGGCCGCCCGCGCUGUCACUCAGCGCUGAGGCGGGAGCGCGCACAUUCCUCCUGAUGGAAAAAAAGAGAAAGUUUCCAAGAUGGCGGCGCAGCCCUGCCUGUCCGCGGGACAACAAUAGAGCAGCGAGCUAACGGAGCUAACGGAGCUAACGCGGCUAACGCGGCGAGCCGCUCCUCUCUCACUUCAAACCCGACACAGCCCGACCCGGGCCGGGCCCAGGGCAGCUUCACUCCGCGGCGGCUCCUCGGGCAGAGACACGGUCAGAGUAUGCCGCGUUAUUCAGGCUAGCAGCUAGCUGCAGCCGAAGCUAGCCGAGCUAACGUUAGCCUGUUAGCGGCUAACAGGAGGAUCAGCUGUUUGCUGGACAGAUGCUGUAGGAAGAGCGGGCAGCCACACGGCCACAGUAAGUCCAUUCACACCCGAACCUAAGCUGCACAUGUCUGGGAAGUCUAGGCGUUUGUUUUCUAGUGCUAGCUUAAACUAAAUGUUUGUUAGCUGCCGAGUCUGAAGCGUUAGCCAGGCAGCUAGCUCCCGUCCCGCUAGCCGAAGCUAACCGAACACUUAACAAAAUAAAGUUUCAGGGCGAGUUUGAUCCGGAUCGAAGCUCCCACACUCCUAACACCAGUGUGAACAGGGGGACUGAGGUACAGGGAGGAGCGAACCCGGGCUGGGCCGAGCCGAGCCGGUUUAAGGAGCUCGGAGGAUUUCAGGAAUGUUCGACGCUCCAACUUUGAUUUAGAGUGCAGGAAUGUGCUAAGUUCACUUAGCCUGAACGGGAGACAGACAGACAGGCAGAGAGACAGACAGAGAGACAGACAGAGAGACAGACAGGCUGCUUCACUGGUUUGAACUGAAAUGUAGUGUGCGGUAUUUAAAGGGCUGAAGCAGCGGGCUGGUUGUGGAGGUGUAUCCGAGGCUUGAGAGUUAAACUCGGCUGUAACAGACUCAGCAGCUCCGUCCUGUGUGCGUGACGAGCUCCGUAGUUUAAAUGAAUAACCCCGCAGGCUGAAUGCUCCCGCACCCACAGACCUGCGUGUCCUCCCGGCACUGAGGCCGCUGUGACUGAAGCCGUUAGCGAGACAAAGGUCGCCUCCAUGGAGCCAGCACAGGAGUCUUUGUAGAGGGCCGGGGGCGGGGGGGCAGACAGACACAGACACAAACCUGAGCCGGGAGUUUACUACAAGUCUUUAUUGAUGAUGGCGGAUUUUGUUACACCGCGACACAGCGCGGUGAUGGAGAGGCUCCGCCGGAGGAUCGAGCUCUUCCGGCAGCAUCACAACAGCUGCGAGAGCCGCUACGAGAACGCGACGCUGGAGCGCCUGGACCUGGAGAGGCAGCAGACCUUCGCCCUGCACCAGCGCUGCCUGCAGGCCAAAGCCAAGCGCUCCAACAAGCACCGGCAGCCCCAGCCCAGCGGUGACCAGGCCGGACAGAGAGCGCCGGGCGGCGGCGGAGCAGGAGCAGGAGGAGGCGGCAGCACGGAGCACGGGGAGAGCGGAGGGACGGCGGAGCAAAGCCGGAACAACACCCUGAUAGCGCUUCAGGAGACUGUGAAGAGGAAGCUGGAGAGCGCCAGUUCUCCACUGGGCAGAGAUCAGGUCAACGGUUUCGGUGACGGCUUCCCGCCCAACAAGAAGGCGUGUCUGGACAACGGCACCACCAACGGCUCGCCGCUCGACUCCAAGCUCGGCAUCAGCGACUCGCUGAACUCGAAUGGCACGCACGGGCCGGCCGGUGAGUCGACGGAUGGCGGCCGGGAGUCGGGGUCAGACUUCCACCGGAAGGAGAUGAAGCAGGAGCCCGAUGACAUCCUGCCCAUCAUGCCGCCAACGGGCGGAGGCAACAACAGCCUGUUCCCGGACCUGAACCUGAACGAGCAGGAGUGGACGGAGCUGAUGGAGGAGCUGAACUGCUCGGUGGCGUACGAGGACAUCCAGGACAUUCUCAACGACGGCUUUGAGGACCGCAAAGACCCCCUGGAGCUCGCUCCGACUCCGGGCGGUGCUGGGGCGGUGGGAGGAGGAGCAGGAGGAGCGGCAGGUGCAGGUGGAGGUCAGUCGUCUCAGGGUCUGCUCCCUCCUGACCUGGUCAGCGUGAAGUCGGAGUUCUCGCCGGCCUCGGUGGCCUUCGAGCAGGACGCUCGCACCGGCUCCCCCCAUGUCAGGCCCACCUCCUCUGGGCCUCCUCCUCCUCACCCCACCAGUUCUCCCGUCGCCUCCUCCGCCGCCUCUGCCUCCUCUCCGGCUCUGCCCCCAUCCCAGCCAGCUCCUCCUCCACCCAGACAGCUCCAGCCCCCUCCUAACCACCUCCUCGCUCCGGGCCCCCCGGGGCCCAAAGACCUGUCCCCGGCCCAGCAGCUGCAGCAGCUGGCGGCGCAGCAGCAGAGGGCGCAGCACCUCCACGGACAGAUGCAGCACAAGCCGCCUCAGCCGGGCAACAAGUUCCACAGCGCGGGGCCCCACGCCCACCCUCCACCCUGGCCGCAGAUGGCCAACACGUCUCAGAGCCCACUAGGGGGCGCGUUUGGCAUGGACAAGUCCACGAGCCCCUCCCUGUACUCCCAGGACUUCAACCCCGGCACCCAGAAGCAGCUGCUGAUGCCGGGUCAGCCCAACAAAGCCUCUCCCAAGGCGGCGGGGGCCGGCAGCUACAUGCCGGGGCCCGCCGGACACCCCAACAUGCUGGGCCACCCGGUGCCGGGGCCUCCCCUCAGCCACCCGCCGGCACCGGGGGCCCAGCAGGCCCAGAGCGCCAUGCUGACCUACAACAACACCAAACCUCUGUCGCACUUUGAGGCCGGGCCUGGACCACCGCGGCCCAACGCCGCCCAGAACCACAACAAGGCGGCGCUGCUGACGCUGCUCCGACAGCAGCAACAGAUCAAACAGAAGAACAGCAUGAACUACCGCAAGCACAUACCACACACACAGGACCAGAACUCGUACCCGGCUCCUCCACACGGGCCGGGCCCAGCAAACGCCAUGACGUCGGCGCCCGGAAACAACGCCAUGGCGGCUCAGCCGGGGCCAGCCAACGCCAUGGCGGGUAACCAUGGUAACACAGCGUACCUGAACAGCCAGGCGGCGGUGGCGGCGGCGCUGAAACAACAACAGCAGCAGCAUCAACAGCAGAUCCUGGAACAGCAGAAACACCAACAGCAGCAGCACUACAUCCAGAGACAGCAGCUCAUGGCUGAACAGGAGAAGCAGCGACAGGACCAGCAGCUGCAGAGACACCUGACCCGACCUCCUCCACAGUACCAGGACCAGCCGGGACAACCGGCCAAUCAGAACCCUUUCCCACAGCAACCGGUCAACCAGUUUACAGCUUCCUCUCAGCCAAUGGGAAGCGUCGGCUCCAUGGGAGGCCCCGCCCCCGGAUCCCAGCGUAUGUUCCCUCAGAACCAAGGCAUGAUGGGUAUGAACAUGGGCCAGGGUGGCGGGCCGGCAGGCGGCGUGGCUCCGCCCCCGGCGGCGAGUCAGGCUGACAUUGCGAUGUCAUCGUGUGGCAGUGGCGGAGGGGGUGGGGCUAACGUGGACGUGCAGCAGGUGCUCUACAACAACAUGAACCUUCACCCCGCCCACCCGGGCCACGCGCCACAGCAGGCGGGCCUUCAGCGCCAGCCGCUGGGCGCCAUGAGCGCCCCCUACAGGCAGAACCUGCUGGCUCAGCAGCAGCAGCACCUGAAGGCGCAGCCCAACGCCACCAUGUUGAAGCAGCAGCAGCUCGCCGCCGCCGCUCGCAUGCCGGGCUCCAUGCAGAACAGCAUGGGAGCUAGCCUGCCUGGGUCCAUGCCCGGCGCCAUGCAGGGCACCCAGAGCGCCGCCUGGCAGCAGCAGCUGGCCAAUCAGCCGCCGUCUGGCAACGCCUUCAACAACCCGCCCAACAGCUUCCACAUGCAGCAGCAGGCACGCAUUCCCAAGAUGCCGCCCGGCGCCACGCCCUUCGGAGCCAACCCAGGCGGGCGUCCGAUGGGCGGGCUGAGCGCCGGGCAGCAGAUGAUGCAGACAAACAUGGCGGCGCAGCAGCAGAGGGCGCCGCCUAACACUCAGAGCCUCGGCCAGCCGAUGGCCAAUCAGCAGCAGACUCAACAACAGGCCAAUCAGAACCAGACUGUCCUCCCCGACCUCGCCACGUUCGGACAGCCGCAGGGCAACGGGCGCCCGGGGCUGCCGUGUAACCAAGGUUACCAGGUGAGCCGGACGGCCACUCAGCAGCAGCAGGUGUCGUUUGGCUACAACGUGGCGUCGGGCAGCUUCGCCGGCGAGAGCGAGCUGGUCGACUCGCUGCUGAAGGGCCAGAGCACGCAGGAGUGGAUGGCUGACCUCGACGAGCUGCUCGCCAGCCACCACUAGUCCCACGCACCUGGAGCACCGGGACUGGCCCCACCCCACUCCCACAGGCUGACCAAUCAGCUGCUGCGAGGAGGUUCGGUGGUUCUGGUGGGUCCAGAGACAGAACAGUUCUGUUCACAUGGUCGUAUUCAGACUACUGAGCCUACAGCGCCACCUACAGACACCAACCAACACGUAGAAUGGACACUUCAUAAGCCCCGCCCCCCACUCGCUCUGUGCUCCAAUCAGAGUUGAGCUAGCCUCGGUCAACUUCCUGUGCUUCAAAAAUAAGUCACACCUUAAGUUAGCUAGUGUUAGCAUAAUGUUAGUUAGCUAAUGUUAGCAUUAUGCUAGUUAGCUAGUGUUAGCAUAAUGCUAGUUAGCUAGUGUUA